AUGGGGAGACGGCGGGCGCUUUGCCUGCAGCCGUAUUUCCUUUGGCUGGGGUGUGUGGCGCUCUGGGCGCAUGGAUCCGCUGGGCAGCAGCGGCAGGGUCGUCCGGCGGAGGGUGCGGAUACUAGCCGCUACUCUAUCUUGGGGAGUCUGGAAGGAGGCACAGCGCCAGCCGCCGCCAACCGCGUCCGCAGGAGAGGCCAGCAGGACAUGCUCAGGGGACCAAAUGUGUGUGGCUCCAGAUUCCAUUCCUACUGUUGCCCUGGAUGGAAAACACUCCCUGGGGGGAAUCAGUGUAUUGUUCCAAUUUGUAGAAAUAGUUGUGGUGAUGGAUUUUGUUCUCGUCCUAAUAUGUGUACUUGCUCCAAUGGACAAAUAUUGCCAAGCUGUGGACCAAAAUCUAUACAACAGUGUAACAUCAGAUGUCUGAAUGGUGGUACCUGUCUAGAUGACCAAUGCCAGUGUCAAAAAGGAUAUAUUGGCAGUUACUGUGGGCAACCUGUCUGUGAACAUGGAUGCCAGAAUGGAGGUCGCUGCAUCGGGCCCAAUCGUUGUGCAUGUGUAUAUGGAUUCACAGGCCCUCAAUGUGAAAGAGAUUAUAGAACAGGCCCUUGUUUUAUUCAAGUCAACAACCAGAUGUGUCAAGGUCAGCUGGCUGGUAUUGUUUGCACGAAGACACUUUGUUGUGCAACUAUUGGACGUGCAUGGGGCCAUCCUUGUGAAAUGUGCCCUGCUCAACCUCAACCAUGUCGUCGUGGUUUCAUUCCAAACAUCCGCACUGGAGCAUGUCAAGAUAUAGAUGAAUGUCAGGCUAUUCCUGGAAUCUGUCAGGGGGGAACUUGCAUCAAUACAGUCGGAUCAUAUGAAUGCAAAUGCCCUGCUGGUCAUAAACAGAAUGAAGCAACUCAAAAGUGUGAAGAUAUUAAUGAAUGCAGCCUCAUCCCAGGAAUCUGUGAUGCUGGUGAAUGUUCCAAUACUGUUGGAAGUUAUAUUUGUCUUUGUCCACGUGGCUUUGUGACAUCCACAGAUGGCUCUCGUUGCAUUGAUCAAAGAACAGGUACUUGUUUCUCCAGUCUGCUGAAUGGUCGCUGUGCACAAGAACUUCCAGGCAGGUUUACCAAGAUGCAGUGCUGCUGUGAAUCUGGGCAGUGUUGGGCUCUUGGUUCCAUUCCAGAAAUGUGUCCUGUUAGAGGCUCUGAUGAAUAUCGUGGGCUUUGCAUAGAUGGCAUUUCUGUUAUAGGUGGUUCCAGGCCUGGUGGCACAGGAGGAAAUGGCUUUGGCCCAGGAGGAACAGGAUUCAUCCCUAUUCCUGGUGGAAAUGGGUUUUCCCCAGGUGUACAUGGAACUGGAAUAGGGACCGGUGGCCAAGGUCCCACAGGAAAUGGCCCCAUUAUUACGGGACUGACAAUACUCAAUCAGACAAUAGAUAUCUGUAGACACCAUCCAAAUUUAUGCUUAAAUGGGCGUUGCAUUCCAACAAUUUCCAGUUACCGGUGUGAAUGCAAUAUGGGAUAUAAGCAGGAUGCCAAUGGAGACUGUACUGAUGUUGAUGAGUGUAUAUCAAAUCCAUGCUCUAAUGGAGACUGUGUGAACACACCUGGCUCUUAUUAUUGUAAAUGUCAUAUAGGUUUCCAAAGAACACCUACUAAGCAGGCUUGCAUUGACAUUGAUGAGUGUAUUCAGAAUGGUGUCCUUUGUAAGAAUGGUCGUUGUGUGAAUACUGAUGGUAGUUUCCAGUGCAUUUGCAAUGCUGGCUUUGAACUGACAACUGAUGGGAAAAACUGUGUUGAUCAUGAUGAAUGUACAACUACCAACAUGUGUUUGAAUGGAAUGUGUAUCAAUGAGGAUGGCAGUUUCAAGUGCAUCUGUAAACCUGGGUUUGUCCUGGCUCCUAAUGGGCGUUACUGUACUGAUAUUGAUGAAUGUAAAACUCCAGGUAUUUGCAUGAAUGGCCACUGCAUUAAUACAGAAGGAUCAUUUCGUUGUGAUUGUCCACCUGGACUAGCUGUUGGAGUUGAUGGUCGAGUUUGUGUUGAUACUCAUAUGCGAAGCACAUGCUAUGGUGGAAUCAAAAAGGGAGUAUGUGUACGCCCUUUUCCUGGAGCAGUGACAAAAUCUGAAUGUUGCUGUGCCAAUUUAGACUAUGGCUUUGGUGAACCAUGCCACCCAUGUCCCGCCAAGAAUUCAGCUGAGUUCCAUGGCCUUUGUAGUGGAGGAGUAGGAAUUACUGUGGAUGGAAGAGAUAUAAAUGAAUGUGCUUUAGAUCCUGAUAUUUGCUCUAAUGGGGUUUGUGAAAACUUACGUGGCAGCUAUCGUUGUAACUGCAACAGUGGAUAUGAAUCAGAUGUUUCAGGACAAAAUUGUGUUGACAUUGAUGAAUGUUUUGUGAAUCGAUUAUUAUGUGACAAUGGCCUUUGUCGAAAUACACCUGGAAGUUACAGCUGUGUGUGUCCAAAAGGAUAUGUAUUCAGUAGUGAAACUGACACAUGUGAAGAUAUAAACGAAUGUGAAAGCAGUCCUUGUGUCAAUGGAGCUUGCAGGAACAAUCUUGGGUCUUUCAUUUGUGAAUGUUUAUCUGGCAGCAAACUAGAUUCUACAGGUUUCAUUUGUAUUGAUAGUCUGAAAGGAACAUGCUGGUUGAACAUACAAGAUAAUCGCUGUGAAGUGAACCUUAAUGGAGCUACUCUGAAAUCAGAAUGCUGUGCUACUCUGGGAGCUGCUUGGGGUAGUCCUUGCGAGCGUUGUGAAUUUGAUACUGCAUGCCCUAGAGGAUUUGCAAGAGUCAAAGGUGUUUCUUGUGAAGAUGUAAAUGAGUGUGAAGUUUUUCCGGGGGUGUGUCCCAAUGGGCGUUGCAUCAACAGCAGAGGCUCUUUUCAUUGUGAAUGUCCCAGUGGUCUGACAUUGGAUGGAACUGGCAGGGUGUGUUUGGAUAUCCGAAUGGAGCAGUGUUACCUGAGAUGGGAUGAAGAUGACUGUGUUCAACCUGUACCUGGAAAAUUCCGUAUGGACACGUGUUGCUGUGCUAUAGGUGCUGCUUGGGGUUCCGACUGCGAGGAAUGCCCCAAGCCAGGCACAAAAGAAUAUGAAGACUUAUGCCCCAGAGGUCCAGGCUUCUCCAACCGUGGGGAUAUUUUAACUGGAAGGCCAUUUUACAAAGCACCUGAUCUUUGUGGAAGUGGCACUUGUGUCAACACUCCAGGAAGCUUUGAGUGUCAAUGCUUUGAGGGCUAUGAAAGUGGAUUUAUGAUGAUGAAAAACUGUAUGGACAUAGAUGAAUGUGAACGUAACCCCCUUCUUUGUAGAGGUGGGAAAUGCUUGAAUACUGAAGGAAGCUUUCAGUGUGACUGUCCUCUUGGCCAUGAAUUGUCUUCAUCACGUGAAGAAUGUGUGGAUAUCAAUGAAUGUUCUCUUAGCGAUAACUUAUGUAGAAAUGGAAAAUGUGUGAAUGUGAUUGGAAUGUAUCAGUGUUCCUGUAAUCCUGGGUACCAGGCAACUCCAGAUAAGCAAGGCUGCAUCGAUAUUGAUGAGUGCAUGAUUAUGAAUGGAGGCUGUGACACUCACUGCAGUAAUUCAGAAGGCAGCUAUGAAUGUAGUUGCAAUGAUGGAUAUGCUCUGAUGCCAGAUAUGAGGAGUUGUGCAGAUAUUGAUGAAUGUGACAGUAACCCAGAUAUCUGUGAUGGUGGACAGUGCAUUAACAUUCCAGGAGAAUAUCGUUGUCUUUGUUAUGAUGGAUUCAUGGCUUCUGUUGAUAUGAAAAUAUGCAUUGAUGUGAAUGAAUGCGAUCUAAAUUCGAACAUUUGCAUGUUUGGAGAAUGUGAGAACACCAAAGGAUCCUUCAUUUGUCAUUGCCAGCUGGGUUAUUCUGUCAAGAAGGGAACCACUGGAUGCACAGAUGUGGAUGAAUGUGAGAUUGGUGCCCACAACUGUGACAUGCAUGGUCUGUGUUUCAAUGCUCCGGGAAGCUUCACAUGUAGCUGUAAGGAAGGAUGGAUUGGAAAUGGAAUUAAAUGUAUAGAUCUUGAUGAGUGCUCUAAUGGAACACACCAAUGUAGCAUAAAUGCUCAGUGUGUGAAUGCUCCUGGGUCAUAUCAUUGCACCUGUGCAGAAGGAUUUACUGGAGAUGGAUUUAUUUGUUCAGAUAUUGAUGAAUGUGCAGAAAAUAUUAAUCUUUGUGACAAUGGACAAUGUCUUAAUAUUCCUGGUGGAUACCGUUGUGAGUGUGAGAUGGGCUUCACUUCAACUUCCAAUAGCCGAACUUGUCAAGAUAUUGAUGAAUGUGCCUUUCAGAAUAUAUGUGUGUUUGGUACUUGCAAUAACUUACCUGGCAUGUUUCACUGUAUUUGUGAUGAUGGCUAUGAACUGGACAGAACUGGAGGAAAUUGUACAGAUAUUGAUGAGUGUGCUGAUCCUAUAAAUUGUGUCAAUGGCUUUUGUGUAAAUACUCCUGGAAGGUAUGAAUGUAACUGUCCUCCAGAUUUCCAGCUGAAUCCAACAGGAGUUGGAUGUGUUGAUAAUAGAGUUGGCAACUGUUAUUUGAAAUAUGGACCAAGAGGUGAUGGAAGUCUCUCCUGCAGUACUGAAAUUGGUGUUGGAGUCAGUCGUUCUUCUUGUUGCUGUUCUUUGGGAAAAGCCUGGGGGAAUCCCUGUGAGACAUGCCCACCUGUAAAUAGCAGUGAAUAUAAUACCUUGUGUCCCGGAGGCGAAGGCUUCAGACCAAAUCCCAUAACAAUUAUCUUAGAAGACAUUGAUGAAUGCCAAGAACUGCCUGGUCUAUGCCAAGGUGGAAACUGCAUCAAUACUUUUGGCAGCUUCCAAUGUGAAUGUCCUCAUGGGUACUAUCUCAGUGAAGAAACACGUAUCUGUGAAGAUAUUGAUGAGUGUGUUGCACAUCCUGGUGUAUGUGGUCCUGGGACAUGCUAUAACACCUUAGGAAAUUAUACCUGUAUUUGCCCCCCGGAAUAUAUGCAGGUGAAUGGAGGACACAACUGUAUGGAUAUGAGAAAGAGCUUUUGUUAUAGAAGCUACAAUGGGACAUCUUGUGAUAAUGAACUUCCCUUUAAUAUUACCAAGAGAAUGUGUUGUUGCACUUAUAAUGUUGGGAAAGCCUGGAACAAGCUGUGUGAGCCAUGCCCAGCUCCAGGGACAGUUGAAUUCAGAACGUUAUGUGGAAAUAUCCCUGGUUUUACCUUUGACAUUCAUACUGGAAAAGCAGUUGAUAUUGAUGAAUGUAAAGAGAUUCCAGGUAUUUGUGCAAAUGGUGUUUGCAUCAACCAGAUUGGAAGUUUUCGUUGUGAAUGCCCCACAGGAUUUAGCUACAAUGAUCUGCUCUUGGUCUGCGAAGAUAUUGAUGAAUGUAGCAAUGGUGAUAAUCUCUGUCAAAGAAAUGCAGAUUGCAUCAAUAGCCCCGGUAGUUACCGCUGUGAGUGUGCUACAGGUUUCAAACUUUCACCCAAUGGUGCUUGCAUUGAUCGCAAUGAAUGCCAGGAAAUACCUAAUGUAUGUAGUCAUGGCACAUGUGUGGAUAAAGAGGGGAGUUACUACUGUAUCUGUCAAAAUGGUUUUAAGGCAUCCCGUGAUCAAACAAUGUGCAUGGAUGUAGAUGAAUGUGAAAGACAUCCUUGUGGGAAUGGAACUUGUAAAAAUACAGUUGGAUCAUAUAACUGCCUCUGCUAUCCAGGAUUUGAGCUAACACAUAAUAAUGACUGUAUGGAUAUUGAUGAGUGCAGUUCCUUCUUUGGGCAGGUGUGCAGAAAUGGAAGAUGCUUUAAUGAAAUUGGUUCUUUCAAAUGUUUAUGUAAUGAAGGUUAUGAACUUACUCCAGAUGGCAAAAACUGUAUUGAUAUUAAUGAGUGUGUAGUGCUACCUGGCUCUUGCUUUCCUGGGACAUGUCAGAAUUUGGAAGGAUCAUUCAGAUGUAUCUGCCCACCAGGAUAUGAAGUAAAAAGUGAAAGCUGCAUUGAUAUUGAUGAAUGUAAUGAGGAUCCUAACAUCUGCCUGUUUGGAUCCUGCACUAAUACUCCAGGAGGAUUUCAGUGCAUCUGCCCUCCAGGUUUUGUAAUAUCUGACAAUGGCAGGAGAUGUUUUGAUACUCGACAGAGCUUCUGUUUCACUAACUUUGAGAAUGGGAAGUGCUCUGUGCCAAAAGCAUUUAAUACCACCAAGGCAAAAUGUUGUUGCAGCAAGAUGCCAGGAGAAGGUUGGGGUGAUCCAUGUGAACUGUGUCCUAAAGAAGAAGAAGUUGCUUUUCAGGAUCUGUGCCCAUUUGGCCAUGGAACAAUACCUGGAAUAGAUGAUACACGAGAAGAUGUCAAUGAAUGUCUGGAGAAUCCUGGUAUUUGUUCCAACGGACACUGCAUAAACACUGAUGGAUCAUUCCGUUGUGAAUGUCCCUUGGGGUAUAACCUUGACUACACUGGAGUGCAAUGUGUAGAUACUGAUGAAUGUUCCAUUGGUAAUCCUUGUGGAAAUGGCACAUGUUCCAAUGUGAUCGGUAGUUUUGAAUGCAAUUGCUUGGAUGGAUUUGAACCUGGGCCAAUGAUGAAUUGUGAGGAUAUAAAUGAAUGUGCACAAAAUCCUUUGCUUUGUGCUUUUCGCUGUAUAAAUACUUAUGGGUUCUAUGAAUGCACCUGUCCAGUGGGAUAUGAAUUAAGAGAAGACCAGAAAAUGUGCAAAGAUCUUGAUGAAUGUGCAGAGGGUCUACAUGACUGUGAAUCAAGAGGCAUGAUAUGCAAAAAUCUGAUUGGAACCUUCAUGUGCAUAUGUCCCCCUGGAAUGACUCGAAGACCAGAUGGAGAAGGUUGCAUUGAUGAAAAUGAAUGCCACAGUAAGCCUGGUAUCUGUGAAAAUGGUCGUUGUAUAAACAUUAUUGGAAGUUACAUAUGUGAGUGUAAUGAAGGUUUCCAGUCAAGCCCAUCUGGAAUUGAAUGCAUUGACAACCGACAAGGUUUCUGCUUUGCUGAAGUCUUGCAGACAAUGUGUCAAAUGGCUUCCAGUAGCCGUAAUCUUGUCACCAAAUCAGAAUGCUGUUGUGACGGUGGAAGAGGGUGGGGCAAUCAAUGUGAGAUUUGCCCACUUCUAGUAACAACUCAAUAUAAGAAGCUGUGUCCACAUGGUCCAGGAUACACCACUGAUGGGAGAGAUAUUGAUGAGUGUAAGGUCAUGCCAAAUUUAUGUAGAAAUGGCCAAUGCAUAAACACCAUGGGUUCCUUCAGAUGUUUUUGCAAAGUUGGCUAUACUACUGACAUAAGUGGUACUUCUUGUGUGGAUCUUGAUGAAUGCUCCCAGUCUCCCAAACCAUGCAAUUUUAUCUGCAAGAAUACUGAAGGAAGCUACCAAUGUUCAUGUCCACGUGGCUAUAUCCUCCAAGAUGAUGGAAAAUCCUGUAGAGAUCUUGAUGAAUGUCAAACUAAACAACAUAACUGUCAAUUCCUUUGUGUCAAUACCUUGGGAGGAUUCACAUGUAAAUGUCCACCAGGUUUCACACAACAUCAUACGGCCUGUAUAGAUAAUAAUGAAUGUGGAUCACAGCCUUCACUUUGUGGAUCAAAAGGAAUCUGUCAGAAUACUCCUGGAAGUUUUGCCUGUGAAUGCCAAAGAGGUUUCUCUUUAGAUUCCACUGGAUUGAACUGUGAAGAUAUGGAUGAGUGUGAAGGAAAUCACAGAUGCCAACAUGGUUGCCAAAAUAUUCUUGGUGGCUACAGAUGCAGCUGCCCACAUGGAUAUAUCCAGCAUUAUCAGUGGAAUCAGUGUGUAGAUGAAAAUGAAUGCUCAAAUCCUAGCAUUUGUGGUUCAGCUUCAUGCUACAACACUCUUGGAAGCUACAAAUGUGCAUGUCCCUCUGGAUUCUCUUACGAUCAGCUCAGUAGCGCAUGCCACGAUGUCAAUGAAUGUUCUUCUACCAAAAAUCCCUGCAAUUAUGGCUGUUCCAAUACUGAAGGCGGAUACCUCUGUGGCUGCCCUCCGGGGUAUUACAGAGCAGGGCAAGGGCACUGUGUCUCCAGUAUGGGCUUUAGUAAAGGCCAGUAUCUUCCAGUGGAUCAAGGUGAAGAGAAUGCUUUGUCCCCAGAAGCAUGUUAUGAGUGUAAAAUUAAUGGAUAUUCCCAAAAAGACAGCAGGAAGAAAAGAAGCCUCAAUCAAUCUGAGCCUGCAGAGGUAAAACAGAUCAGUUUGGAAAGUUUGGACAUUGAUCUUCCAUUAAAGAUGAGAUUCAGCGUAACUGGCCUUGGCAAUAAAGAACAUAUAUUAGAUCUCAUGCCUGCAAUACAGACCCUCACAAAUCACAACCGCUACAUUAUCUCCUUUGGUAACCACAACAGCACCUUCCGGAUACACCAGAAAGAUGGGCUCAGUUAUCUUCAGGUUGCUAAGAAAAAAGCCACAGCUGGUAUUUACACACUGGAAAUAGUUAGCAUUCCUCUGUACAAAAAGGAAGAGCUAAAGAAAUUGGAAGAAAGCAAUGAGGACAACUACCUCCUAGGAGAACUUGGAGAAACUCUUAAAAUGAGACUCUGGAUUGAACUCUAUUAAAACCUUCCUUCCCUCAUGAAGGAUUCCCUUCUGUUCACAUAUCGUAUCAUAUACUUUGGUUUUUUGAAAGCUUUAAGGGGGUCGGGUAACUUACUUUUUCAGAAGACCCAAAAUUGCAAAUAGUGACCUCUGCAUCCUUCUGUCCUGAAUAAGACUGAAGAACCAGACCUCAACCUUUCUAUUACCAAAAGCCUUGAUUACAAUGCCAACAAUCAUGAUUACUAUAUUGUCUAUAUAAUCUCAAUUUUAAAUAUAUAUAUAUUUUUAAAAAAGAAAAUGUGGUGCUUAAAAAAAUCAUAUAUGGCACUAAAUGGCACAAAAUGUGAGUUACUUUUCCUAUAAGCACUCUAGCAUAUUGAUGAUUUUGCUGUAGUUCCUAAAUUAAAAAUAGAGAUUUUAUUUAUUUUUAAUGCAAUAAUAUAUGGAGAAAUUAACAAUCUGUGUUAAAAGGGAAAAAGAAAACACUUGUUUUCCUUCGCAAUUUUAUGAAUUUGAGUUAUUACAUUUAUUAGGUAUUUUAGAAAAAAGAACAGAAACGAAUAGAUUGAAAAAGUUUCCUCUGUCUUGUGCCUAUUAUCCAUAAAGCAUUAGGAAACAAAUCAUGUGAUCAAAUGAGCACUGUGCUACACUACCCAAGGGCUUUCUUUUCCCUAGGCAAGAUAUUAAAAUAGUACAUUAUCUUAAAUAACCAUGAUCAGAAUUUCAACUUUAAACUUGGUGCUGAUACUUAACAUACACAUCAUAAAAACUAGAUUUUUCUAUCAGAGAAGACUAUUCAUGGAAAUGAUGCACAACCACUGUAACAAAAUACCUGGAAUGCUUGUGAUAUCCUUGGUAUUGCAAGCCAAUCCGUACUGUAUUUCCUUCAGGUAACCUCACUAUAUCACCUCAUUAACUACAACAAAAGGUGCUUGACGUAUUUGCAUUACUGUAGGCAGCUGAUUACAAAUCAUGUAUUCUUAGAAAGAAACACUUGAUGUUUCAUUCUAAGUGGUGCUGGCUUGAAUUCAUCCUGAAAUAAAGACGGCUGAGCUAUUGCAGAAUUGUCAUAUGUGUACACUAUUCAUGCUGCAUGGAAAAAACACAUAUUGGAAAAUAAGAAUGUUGAUUAAUGCUGUAGUUAUACACAAUAUGUCUCGUUUUAUCAUAGCCUAUUUUAUAAGUUACCUUUGUACACUGUGUUGGCAUUUAGUUUAGUGUGUUUUUUAUUUUUGUCAUUUAAUAAUGGUGCUAUAAAUAAUAAAUUGUACUUGUUACAGGUCAUAUAAAAAAGCCUCACAUGUGAACCAACACAAAGCACAUUCCAUGCCUGCUUUUCCUCUGUUUUUUUUUAAACUUACUGAUCAAAAAUUGCCAGAAGUUAUGCUCAUUGUUUUGGUUCAUACUCUAUUUUCUGUGUAUUUUCUUUUAUGAAAAGAGAAAACCCUGUAAAUUGCAUUUAGGAAAAAAAAAACAGUAUUAUUUUGUUGGUCCUUGUAUUAAUACAGCAUCACUUUUCCUGAAAUAAAACUUAUUUUCCGGUAGCUGCAUUAUUUUGUUUUGAUAUGGAGAGAUGGUCAACCUUAUAGCAUUAGGAGUGAAUGAUGAUGAUGUAUUUUCAAUUUUGCAGAACUUGUACAGGAUGACCAUUGUUUCCUGAGUGAAUUGUAGCACUUUUCCUGAGACAACUGAAAAAUGUUACUGUGAAAAAUAGGGCAGGUGUUGAAAGUAUGAAAAAGGGCUCCAUUUGUACAUUGUGGGUCAAAGUAUUUUGGGAAUCUGAAUUCAAUUAAUGACUUGGUAAUUUUAUUUAACAUACUGUGUUAAGUGGUGCCCCUAAAUUAAUCUAAUCCAACAGGUAGAAAGAGCAAUAAUUCCCAGGGCCUGAGACUUUUUCCCUGCAGAGCACAGAGGAGUAGGGCUAAGGAAGG